UCUAGGCAACUUUCUUCUUUUUCUUUUUCUUGAGAAGAACUGUCUAUGGAGCUGAGGAUAGUUCCUUAAUUCCAGAUCAAAUGGUAUCAACUCUCAGUUAAUAGCAUGGAGGCAGAGUCAGCAUGACAGUGCUGGGAUUCAAGGCGUGUCCCACCACACCUGGCAAGGGCUGGGCUUUUGGAGUGAGUAUUUAUAAAAAGCCAGGGCCUGGACCCUUCUGCUCAGCUUCAUUCUGGAGUCAGUAGUUGCUUGGACUUGCCUUAUUCUGAAGUAGGAGGAACAUUUGAGCAUUUGCAAUGAGAAUCGAUGGUGUCGACGACCCGAAUGCCUGGUGGAGAUGUCCUGAGAACUUUGACGCCCCACUUGUGCUGUUCAUAGACUGGGACCAGGAGAUGUUCGUAUUCGGCCAAAGAGACUUAUACCUCAGGCGCAUCGAGGAACACACCAACACUUUCAUUCAACUGGAGCAGUGGUUUACAGCCUCUGGCCAGACUCGAGUCACUGUGGUUGGGCCACUCCGAGUCAAGCAGUGGCUGAAGGAUAUGUUUCAGGGCAUGAGUAGCGAGAACCUUUACCUCCAUCUGCUAGGCCUGAGUAUGUUGCGGCAUGUCCAGGAGCGGCCCCUGACCAGCGCUGACUUGGAGGACUAUUUCAGGACGCAGUCGUAACUGGGGUCUGUCACAACCUAACAGGAUGACAGGGACCACCUCAGACUGAUCUUGCCUGGGAGAGCAGGAUGUGAAAACUUUCGCCAGCGUUUGAGAAAGCAUGGAGAAUACGAAAGGGACUUGAAUGGGGGCACUAGCCUGUCACUCUAGUGCGUGUGUCUGACGGAAGUUUCCUAAGCCCACCAACAGUGCUGUGGUGGCAAACAUGCAAUAAAUAAGUUCCCUGGUGU